AUGUCAACUAAAAAAAUACUCUUUUUCAUUACUAUGACCGGGAUAGUGCUGGUAUUACAGGGUGUAAUUAGUGUCUAUUACAAUGACCAAGAAGAUACGGAAGGAAGAACUAUCACUCACCGUGAGCUGAGUAUCAUCCAGGGUGAUGACCUCACGGACUGGCUCCGCUGGCUUUACAUUCUGGACCCUGGAACGCCUCUUUGGACUCAAAAUGACCACUUGAAAAACCAUGUUUCCAGUUUCCGAGCACUUGGUGAACCAUUGCGGCUCGUUGCAGUUGCACCUUUAACUUUUGUUGAUGUGAAAAAUGACGCAGCAGACUGCGCUUGCAGCGGAACUAGUACUGCCAACAAGGAAGCAACGAAAGUGCCGAAUUAUCUUGAAAACACCUUCGUUGAUCCAGUGCAAUCUCAACGUAGAAAAAACAUGCUUAAAGAAUGCCAAACACUAGGAAAGAACUACGCCGGAACUCUGCCAGAACCACAAAUGAAAAGACAUAUGAUUUAUGACGUCAAAACUAACUUAGUGUUUUGUGAUAUACCGAAAGUCGGUUCAACUUUUCUGAAACAAGUUCUUCACAUUGUGUAUGGACACAGGCAUGUGAAGGAUCCAUUCAGUAUAAAAGCGUCAGCCGCUCAUACGAUUCCAUUUAACACAUUUGUGUCAAUUCCAUAUGACAAGGCGCUAGCAGUGUUGAUGAAUUCAACAAAGUUCAUGUUUGUACGACAUCCUUACACUCGGAUGCUUUCUGGCUAUGUUGAUAAACUUUAUACUAAUAACUUUGUGUUCUGGGGAAGUCAUGGCAAAACCAUCUUGAAAAAUCACCGGCAGCAUGUUUCAAAACAAUCCAGGGAAUGUGGCCACGACAGUACAUUUCCCGAAUUUAUCAAACACGUGAUCAAAUCGGAAAUCUCCGGAACAAAUCGGAACCCCCACUGGUAUCCCAUGUAUGACGCAUGCCGUCCGUGUAGCCUUCAAUAUGAUGUCAUAGGAAAAAUUGAAACCUUCAAGGAGGACAUUGAGAAAAUUCUCAGAAGGCAACACCUCGAUGAAAUUAUUGACAUUUCUAAAAUGAACGAGGGAAACGAAAACGAGGCCAUAUCCCUGACAGUAAAUAGAGCUUAUGAUGUUAUCAUACACAAACCUAAAUGUGUGUCUCUUCCGCAAGCGCUUGAGCGAGCAUGGAAAGUUCUGCAGAUACGAGGAGUGUUGAGUCACUUAUCAGAUUUUCCUUACAAUAUGAUCAAGAAGAACAGUAACAUAACAAAAUCCAGUUUUAAAGACUUCAUUGUUAAAGAGAUGAAACGAUUGCCAAUGACAAAAUCAGACAAGGAUUUGUCAAGAGAACAAGCAGUCGUUGUUGCUUAUGAAUCUGUUCCUUCUGGAGACUUGGAGAAAUUCAAUUCAAUAUUCCAUCCUGAUUUUACUUUAUAUGGAUACGAGAAAAAUAUAGGAACAAAACAUAAGAACUUUUUGAAAUGGGAGCCAUUUAAAUUAAGACUGUGA